AUGUCAGAGAAAAAGCAGCCGGUAGACUUGGGUCUCUUGGAGGAAGACAACGAGUUCAAGGAGUUCCCUGAGGAAGACUGGGCUGGCUUAGAUGAAGAUGAAGGUGCACGUGUCUGGGAGGAUGAUUGGGAUGAUGACAGUGCAGAUGAUGACUUCUCCAAUCAGUUAGGAGCUGAACUACAGAAACAUGGUUAUAAGAUGGAGACCUCAUAGCAUCCAGAAGAAGUGUUGAAGCAACCUAAACUUGAACUGUUUACUAAAGUCUAGGACAGAGAAC